CAAUUUUUGAUGACCAAUAUCAUUUCCACCGAAAAAUCUUCCAACUCAUAAAAAAUACUGCUUGCUUUUAUUGGCUGGCUUUUGUCAAAUGAUAAAUAAAAAUAAAUAAACCCUGUUUAUUUGUAUUUUUCACUUCGCUUCCCUAUUUUUUCUUUUUAAUUCAUUGUAAAUUGUAACCCAACCAUUGCAUUUAAUCAAAUGAUUCCCCCUACACAACCCACGCCGAGCUACACGCUGCGCUACCACGAAAACAACCUGCACGCAGAAGUCGCCAAGGUGCUGCUCAAAGGCUGGUACAGCAGAUGGCGUCUGGACACCUCCGAGCUUUCAGAGCAGACUCCCCGCCAAUCAACUACACAAAUAGUUCUCGUAGAGCACACCAACACAAUUGACAGCCACUUUACCCUUAUUGGUGCAUCUGCCAUUGAGAUAUACCUGGCAUCAAACCGCGGCCUCUGCUCGGCCAGUGACAAGAGACUACUGGCGCGUCAAAUCCAGUUCCGCAACAGCAUCAAGGAGUUGCUCAACGAUGCACUGCCUUUUAUUAACCUGUGCAAGGGCAAGACCCCGGAAGAGGAUUCGGAAACCACUAGGUACCAGGAAAUUUUUUUGCGCAGUAUCAAGAACUUUAUCAAAUUCCAUGAAAACGCACUUUGGCAGAAUGGCUCCACGGGAUACUACUUUGAAUCGCGAGUCACUUUUGUGGAGGUUGCUCUAGCAGUGACCAUUAAUCUGAUCCGUAGCCUUAUUCCAAAGCCCUUUUCGGCUGUGCAUGAUGCGCUUAAAAAUAAUAAUUUGCCAGAGAUUAAUAGGGUCAUUUCUAAAAUGUGGCUGAAGAUAUCUGCCACCACCAUACCCACCAUUUGCAGCUCUGAUGCUGCCUCCGAUGCAACCCAGAAGACCCCAAAACCGAACGUAUUUCAGUUCAAGCCAUCGACAAAGUUUGGUUCUUCAUUUCCAACCCCGACUUUCGCUGCUCCGUCUUCAACAGCAGCCUCGGGUUCAACAUCGGCUGCAGCAAAAACAUUUUCUGGAUUCGGAUCGCUUUCUAUUGCCGCAAAAACCACCACUCCCCCCACUGCUGCCAUUUCAGCCUCAGCGGCAGCUGAAGUCGUUCCGGAUGCUGCUUCAGCAACCAUUCCAGUUCCUGCUUCAUUUGCUCAAUGCACUUCAAAUGUUGACAAGUCUGUUGCUGUUUCUGCUGCCACUACUAGCGCGCCUGCUGCAAUUCCAGCUACUGUCGGAGCUCCCACCACUGUUGUUCCUGGUCCUUCUGGCAGCAGUGCUGGUGAUGUCGCCCAGAAAUAAGUCUGAAGCCAUUAGUAACGAGCAAUUAUUUUUCC